AGAUAUUGAGUGUGGCAAUUUGUUAUCUCGAGAUGCUUGCGUACAAUUAAAGUUGAUACAGCGUGUUCAUAAUAUUAAUGAGAAUUGUUUAAGUAAAAUGAUUACGUUGCAUAAACACAUUUUUGAGGGGAUUGGCCAGUUACCGGGGUUGCAUAAAUUAACGAUUGAUGACACUGUGCCACCUGUUGUUAGGGGUUGUCGGAAAAUACCAAUUAAAUUACGGCCUAAACUACAGGAGGAGUUGCAAAGGCUUCAGAAUUUAAAUAUAAUCGUACCGGUUACUGAACCCACUGACUGGGUCUCGAAUAUUGUAAUAGUAGAAAAAGCUGAUGGAAACAUUCGAUUAUGCCUAGAUCCUCAACAUUUAAAUAAGGCAAUAAAGAGAAGCCAUUUCCAACUCCCCACUCUUGAUGAAAUUACGGCUAAUAUCUCGGGUGCCAUGUACUUCUCAGUCUUAGAUGCGAGCAAGGGGUUCUAUAUGUGUGUAUUAGAUGAACCUAGCUCAAAACUGUGCACAUUUGCGACCCCUUUUGGGCGUUUUCGCUUCCUUAGGUUACCGUUCGGGAUAAAUUGCGCGUCAGAGGUAUUUCAUAGUAUAAUGUACAAACUAUUUUCAAGACAGGGAGUAGAGGUGUUUAUUGACGAUAUAUUAGUUCAUGGUAAAACGCGAGAGGAGCACGACCAGAGAUUGGGGGAGGUAAUGCGGAUAGCGGCCGAGUUUGGGGUAAAGUUUAAUAAAAAUAAGUGUGUGUUUGCUCAGGAAACUGUCAAGUUUUUGGGUCACAUACUAGAUAGAAAUGGAAUUCGGAUUGAUCCAGACAGGAUUAAAUGUAUAGAGAAUAUGACCAUUCCGGAAGAUAAAAAAGGGUUAGAACGGUUUAUAGGUAUGACUAACUAUGUGUCUCGUUUUAUUCAUAAUUAUGCAGAUAAGGUGGAGCCGUUGAGGGAGCUAUUGAAAAAGGACGUAAGUUUCGAGUGGCAUGAGGCGCACACUCGAGCAUUCGAUGAUCUGAAGCGGCAGCUGGCGCAGGCGCCCACACUGAGGUACUACUCGCCCAACGAGCCGGUGACGGUGUCGGUGGACGCGAGCUCGCGCGGGCUGGGCGCGGUGCUGCUGCAGGCCGGCCGGCCCGUGGCCUACGCCGCGCGCACGCUCACGCCCACCGAGUCCAGGUGGGCUCAGAUAGAGAAGGAGCUCCUCGCCAUCCUGUUUGGCUGCAGGCGACUGAUGUACGUAGCCGACACGUUGUCAAGGGCGACCAGGGAUUUAGGAGGCAAGUGCGAUCAGCGAAUACAAGAACAGGUAAGUUUACACAUAAAUACUCUGGUGACUAAUCUACCAUUUAGUAGCAAUAAAAUGCAAGCGAUUCGAGAGGCUACGAGGAUCGACCAGAGUUUAUGCGAAGUAAUGGACCUUUACAGAAAGGGAUGGCCGCAUACUAAAAGCCAGGUAACCGAGAAAGCUAAGUCGUACUGGGAAGUUAGAGAUGAGAUUCAUGUCGUGGAGGACGUAGUGUUUCGGAACAACUUGGUGAUCAUCCCUAACAGUUUACGGGCCGAAAUGAUCAAUAAGGUACAUGAGGGUCACCUCCUCAUCGAGAAGUGCAAGAGGCGAGCGCGCGACGUGAUGUGGUGGCCGGGCAUGGCGGCCGCAGUGGAGCGCGCGGUGCGCGAGUGCGAGGCGUGCGCUCAGCGCCGCGCCGCGCCGCCGCGCGAGCCGCUCGCGCCGCACGCCGUGCCUGACAGGCCUUGGCAGGUGCUCGCUACUGAUAUUUUUCAGGUGCGUAUUCGAGACCCGGCCGAGAUAAACGGCAGAGGGCGCUGGGUGCGCGCGCAGGUGGAGCGCGCCGCCGCCGAGCCGCGCUCCUACUGGGUACGCAGUACGCACGCCGGACGGCCGCCGCUACCGCCGCAACAGGCAGCAGAUCAUACCGGCGGCGCCGGCGCCGCCGGCUGGUACUAUUGCCAAUAG